AAGUGUAAAAGAUCGAGUAGCUGUAGCUCUAGAGAGAGGGGGAGAAUGGGGAGAAUGCAGUCUCAGAGGGUGACUCAACCGUAUUUAGCUUUGUAAUCCGGGCUUCAGACUUCCAAGGGUCAAACAGAGGGGUUGAUGUAGCCAGGGUCAUAUAAACACAUACGUCCUCCACCAUCUCAUAUGGUCAGGGGAUCACUUGAAUACGGCCUAGCAUUUAAGAACUCCAUUCCACUCAAGUUUUGAAUUGGAUUUGGUUAGGCGUAACUUGGAGUGGGUGAUACGGGGUUGAAUAUGGCGAUUGACUAAGUAAUCCGUAGAAGUUUUCAGUAGCGAAGAUCGGGAAAAUCGGAGUGGAUCGAGUUCUCGAAAAUGGCAGGAGAACAUAUGCAUUUUCGAUACUCAUCAGUACCAAGUUCUCACACUACUUUCUCUGAUAUGCACCUCAAACCCAUAACUCCUUCAAAAUGUUCAUUUUUCUCUAGAUUAUUCCACAUAGAUCGCAUAAUGGUAGCUCAUCCAAACUUUAGUUGAUCACAUGCUCUACCUUACAGUAUAUGGCACUAUUACCAAGUUUCUGUCUUGAUCACCCUGCUCCAUAAAACGGCAUGACUUUGUUGACAUCAUUUGAACCAUCUAAACGCCACGGUGAUUGCCCAGUUCCCUAUAAGUGUGUAAGGGAAGUGUGUUGCAUGCCCGGAUUUUUUCUUCAGCAUGUGGAGCCGAUUGACCGUGCGGUGUGGACCCGCCCAAUGGCGUCUCACUGCCAGAUUAAGUAGCCGACCAGUCCAGACCACUCCAGUUCCACGAUGGUCUCGCCCAGCACCCGAUUCUCGUCCAUGGGUCAAUAUGGGCCGGUUCUAUUGUACUAGUAAGCCGAUUGAACCCGAGAUUAUCCUCCCCGAAUCUGAGAAGGUGACCUACCAGGCCAAAAGCCAGCCUCGAGCCUCGGGUCCGAGCGAAUCGCACGAGUUUCAAGCGGAGACCCGUCAGUUAUUGAAUAUCGUGGCCAAAUCGUUGUAUUCCGAGAAAGAGGUCUUCAUUCGUGAGUUGAUCUCGAAUGCGUCGGACGCCAUUGAAAAGAUGCGGUUCAUGACUCGAUCCGGUCAAACCCUAUCCGGUGCGGAUCGACCGCUGGAGAUUCGGAUUGACACCGACAAGGUGGGUCGGACCAUCACCAUCCAUGAUUCUGGCUUAGGAAUGACCAAGGAGGAGAUGAUGACCAACUUGGGAACUAUCGCUCGAUCCGGCUCCAAGGCCUUCAUUCAAGAGAUGAGUGAGAAAAACCAGACGGUGGACUCGAAAGAGAUCAUUGGCCAAUUCGGGGUGGGUUUCUAUUCAGCUUUCAUGGUCUCUGACAAGAUCGAGGUGUUCUCGCAAUCGAGCUUACCCGACCAACCCGCUCAUCAUUGGGAAUCGGAUGGAUCCGGGACUUACACGAUACGCGAAGCUCAGAAUGUGUCUGAAGGCACGAAAAUUGUCAUUCAUUUGAAGCCGGAUUGUGCCGAGUUUGCGGACGAAACCAAUGUUCGGGAAAUUGUCAAAAAGUACAGCAGUUUUGUGGGCAGUGAUCUGAUCUUGAAUGGAACCAAAGCCAAUGAGUUACGUCCCUUGUGGCUCAUGGAUCCCAAGGAGGUGGAGCCUGACACGCAUGAAGAUUUUUAUCGGUACAUCGGCAACACGUUCGACAAACCUCGAUUCACGUACCACUUUCGAACCGACGCACCCAUCGACAUUCGGGCCUUGCUCUAUGUGCCGGAAAGUCGUCCGGGCCUAUUUGAGACCAAUCGUGAAGGCGCGGAUGUGGGCGUGGCAUUGUACUGUCGUAAGGUGUUGAUCAAAAGUAAGGCCGAAAACAUUGUACCCAAGUGGAUGCGAUUCGUCAAGGGCGUGGUUGACUCCGAAGAUAUUCCUCUCAAUCUCAGUCGCGAAUUACUGCAAGACAGUGCCCAAAUCCGCAAAUUGCGAACGGUCUUGACCAACAAGUUCUUGCGCUUCAUCCAGGAACGAGCGCGGAAAGAGACUAAAUCGUUCCUGGAGUUCUACAAGGAUUACGGUUUCUUUUUCAAAGAAGGCAUUAUCACCUCGAACGAGCAAUACGAAAAAGAGGAAUUGGCCAAGAUCUUGAGAUUCGAGAGUUCAAAGCAGCCAGCCGGGGAGCUGGUCUCAUUGCCCGAGUACUGUGAUCGUAUGAAUGCGGGGCAAAGAGAUAUCUACUAUCUCAGCGCACCUAGUCGGCAAUUGGCCGAGAAUUCGCCCUACUUCGAGGCUUUGAAGAAACGCGACGUCGAAAUCUUGUUCUGCUACGAGAGCUACGACGAGUUGGUGCUGAUGCAGUUGCAGCAAUUCGACAAGAAAUCGAUGACUUCCGUGGAGAAAGAGAUGCGUAUGGACAACACACCGCCUUCGGAAGAAACGGAUAAAGAUUCCCUUUCGUCUUCUGAUCAAUCCGAACUGAUGGAUUGGGUCAAGUCCCAAUUGGGACCCAAAGUUGCCAAAGUCAAGACGACAACAAAAUUGGAAUCCCAUCCUUGCGUUAUCACCGUGGAGGAAAUGGCGGCGGCGAGACAUUUCGUUAAAACCCAAGCGGCCAACUUCUCCGAGGAGCAACGCUACAACAUUCUCCAGCCCCAAUUCGAAAUUAAUCCCUCUCAUCCCGUGAUAAAGAAACUCAAUGAGCUCAAACAAUCGAAUCCGAAACUGGCUAAUCUCCUCACGGAACAACUCUUUGCUAAUUCUAUGGUUUCAGCGGGUUUAGUCGACGAUCCUAGAAUCAUUCUGAAGUCCAUGAACGAGCUCCUGACCGAGGUCCUUUCAAAAUACUGAUAUCAUUAAACAUCAAAACACUGCGUCAUGCAUGUUUAAUCUCGGCCCUUUUCUCUUGUAUGGUCUUAUCUCUGUUCAAUGAAUUAAACACAUAUUUUUAUUGCGA